AUGGAUCCAGAAGAUGAUCCUUUGAAGGACUUACCGUCGUUACCGGACUUUUCUGAUGAUCGCGGAACGGACAUCAAAUCCCCUACUUCAUCGGACUCGCAGCCCCGAACAACAGGCCUUGUUUCCGAAUUCAUGCGAGCUGAUCUGGACCAACUCUACUUCGACCGCGUACACCCAUUCGCCCCUAUUCUUCAACGUUGGCGCUAUCAUGUCUGGGCCAAACAGGGCAAAAAGACCGACUCACAGACCUGUCUUCAGUAUGCUAUGUGGACUGUCGCAGCCUCUUUGUCUGCCCAAUUUCAGUCCUUCCGCGACACACUGUACCAAGAGACUCGGCAGAUGCUGGACAGUCUUGACGUGCGGACGCCGCGGUCCGUCACUAUGAGUGUUAGCUCAGGUCCCGGCAUCGAGCAAGCGCAGGCAUGGGUGCUAGUUUCCAUCUACGAAUAUAUGCAUCUUUCGCCGCAGCAGGCGUGGAUGAGCGCUGGGCGAUGUUGUCGCUUGGUGCUGGGCAUGCGUCUUUAUGAACUCGAUGAUCCGAAUAAUCCGAUUACGAUGGCGAGGGAACAAGAUGGGUUGGUGGACUGGACGGGGCUUGAAGAGCAAAGACGGACUUUUUGGAUGGCGUACUCGUUGGACCGGUUUAUCAGUUUUCAUAACGGGUUGCCGUUUACGUUGAAUGAGAAAUUGAUCUCAACACGGCUACCAGCGCCCGAAGAAGAGUUUCAGGCCGGUCAGCCGGUCGUCACUCGGUUCUUGGCUGAGGUGAUGGCGCGCAGUUGUUUGGGAGGUGAGACUGCAGGAGGAAUGGUAGUCUCGCCGUUUGGAGAAUGUAUUAUUCUCGCGACGAUCUGUGGACGAGCGCUAUCGCAUCGUCAGAAGCUAGCCGUGGAGCAGAUUAAUGGCGACGUGUUUGAUGGACUCUGGGCGAGGCAUCAGUGGCUGCAUGAGCUGCUGAGCCAUCGCAUUCAAGUUCUUUCGACGUCCACGCAAGUCGAUUCGAUGCUGAUAUUUGCGCGAAUCGUGGCGCAGACCAUGGUGCUGUAUUUGCACAACGUACUGGAGUCCAUAGUCUGGAAAACGGGUGAUCACUUGUUAGGUAUUAUCGAGUAUGAGAGAUUGUGUAUUUUGGCGGCGCACGAGGUGGUGAAUCUGGUCAGGUUGCAGGGCCAGUUGGGGUAUUUCAAGGUUCACCCGUUAACACCGAUUCCCCUGAUGAUGUGUACCGAGUUCUUCACAGCGCAUGGGUACCUCGAUUCGUCGUUCGAUGGCAUGUUGCGAGAGCUGCUCGAAUGUCUGCAAGACUUGGAGCGAGCCAAGAACCCUAUUCAGAGUCCGCAGCUAUCUGUGACAUAA